UCUGCAAACCUCUUACACCGAUUCCCUUUCCUUCUGCCACCUCAAUUGGCCCUCCCGACUCACCACCAAGCUCACCCUCACUGUAAAACGCGACCACAAUCCGAGAGGAGCCCCAGAAGCUAUCGUGACACGGUACCCCUCAGAUAAGUCUUCAAAAUGGCCGGCCAAAUGCCCUUCCGCAGCCAGCAGCAGCGGAAACCAUCCCGCCAGCUGUCGACUGAUCCUCGCAAUGAGCUCCACCCACACAUGGAUCACUACAUUGGCAUCGAUGUCGGUACCGGCAGUGCGCGAGCCUGCAUCAUGAACGAUCAGGGUGACAUUGUUGGCCUGGCGUCCGAGACCAUCGGCCUAUGGCAGCCCCAGACUGGCUACUACGAGCAGUCCACUACCGACAUCUGGCGGUGCAUUUGCACGUCUAUUCGGCGAGCAAUGGACCAGCACAACAUCGACGGCGACACCAUCCGAGGCAUUGGCUUCGAUGCUACAUGCUCUCUUGCCGUCUUCUCCGAAGACACAGACGAACCAGUCAAUGUCACUGGGCCCGACUUUGACAACAGAGAUGGCUUGGACCGCAAUGUCAUUCUCUGGCUGGACCACCGGCCUGUUGAGGAGACAAUCAAGAUCAAUGCGACGAACCACAACCUGCUCCGUUACGUUGGAGGCAAGAUGUCUAUCGAGAUGGAAAUUCCAAAGGUGCUUUGGCUGAAGAACAACAUGCCCAAGGAGCUGUUCGACCGCUGCAAGUUCUACGACUUGACUGAUGCUCUUACACAUAUGGCUACAGGAGGAGAGACACGGAGCUUCUGCAGCGUCGUUUGCAAGCAGGGUUUCGUCCCAGUUGGUGUCGAUGGCAGUGUGAAGGGAUGGCAGGAAGACUUCCUGACCGACAUCGGUCUGAAAGACCUGUGCGAGGACAACUUCAAGCGCAUGGGCGGUGUUGACGGAGUAAAUGGUAAAUACCUUACGGCUGGUGAGCUAGUUGGAACAUUGAGCGAAAGAGCUGCCCAGGAUAUGGGUCUGCCACCCGGAAUCGCCAUCGGCAGCGGUGUUAUCGAUGCGUAUGCAGGGUGGAUCGGCACUGUUGGUGCCAAGGUGAAACUUAGUUCAAACGAAUUGGAUCCCGACCAUGCAAAGAACGAUGUCUCUCAAGCUUUCACCCGUCUGGCCGCCGUGGCCGGCACAUCGACAUGCCAUCUCGCCAUGUCCGAGAAGCCAGUGUUCGUCAACGGCGUUUGGGGACCGUACCGCGACGUCCUGCUCCCCGACUACUGGAUGGCCGAAGGUGGACAAAGCGCUACUGGCGAACUCCUCAGACACGUUAUCGAGACCCAUCCGGCUUUCAACGAAGCCCACUCGGUCGCCGAGACCUUCAACACAAACAUCUACGACUACCUGAACGAGCACCUCCGCGAGAUGCGCGAGAAAGAGAACGCGCCCAACGUCAGCUGGCUCGGGCGUCACUUCUUCUUCUACGGCGACCUCUUCGGCAACCGUUCGCCUGUCGCAGAUCCCAACAUGAAGGGCUCCGUGAUCGGCCUCAGCUCCGACAAGUCCCUCGACGGGCUCGCACUAUACUACUAUGCGACUAUGGAGUUCAUCGCGCUGCAGACGCACCAGAUCGUCGACGCAAUGAACAAGUCCGGCCACGUCAUCAGCUCCAUCUUCAUGUCCGGCAGCCAGUGCCAGAACAGCAUCCUGAUGGACCUGAUCGCAGCGGCGUGCGACAUGCCCGUGCUGAUCCCGCGCUACGUCCACGCAGCCGUCGUGCACGGCGCAGCGAUGCUGGGCGCGAAAGCGGCGAGCACGAACAAAGAGGGCAAGAGCGAGCCCUUAUGGAAUAUCAUGGAUCGGUACAGCAAGGCGGGUAAGAUGGUUAAGCCGACCACGGACGAGAAUCUGAAAAAGUUGCUCAAGGCGAAGUACAAGGUCUUCCUUGAGCAGUGCGUGGACCAGCAGAGAUACAGGAAGGAGGUUGAUGAGGCGGUUACUGGCUGGCAAAAAUAGGGUACGUGACGGAAGAUACCUGACUGCGUUGCUUAUAGCAUGAGAGGAGUCCAAUUCUCUACUCAACUUCAAUGAAAAUAGAUU